AUGGUGUACCCAAAGCGCAAAGCUCAGUACGACUUCGACAGACUCGACAUCAAAAGGUCGCGACAGAACCCAUCGAUCGCGUAUAUCCAGAAUUAUGCGGGCAAACACCAGAAGAACCGCGGUGGCAGAGUAAUGACGCGAAAAUUACACACUCAUGAUCAAGUCUCUCAGCAGCCCAGCCAGCCACGUCAACAUCUUGUUGCCCAAACAAUGCAGCAGGUAUUGGGUUCUCCCCAGCAGCACGGACUCCCUCAAGUCGCUCAAGAAAGUCAGAUCGAGGAACUGGAAGCCGAGUGGCAGGACGAUAAGUUGGGACUAUUCGCCCCAUACAGCGAGGACAAGAUCCCGGUUCUGUGGUCAACCAACAUCGACCACAGUUCCAGUCAGGUAUUACAAACGGAGAAGUUCGACUCGAUCGCCUUGAGACACUAUUACCGCGCGAUUGCUAUGACCAAGACUGGCUUAAACCGCGAGCAGCUUGGAAUUCCGCCGGCAAACGCAGGCUAUGGAAGCCCCGUCACUAUUGACUAUGUCGACCUAUACCUCGAUCUCAGCGACGGCGAAGUCUAUGUUGCCGCGUCCGAGCAGGGUUUGAUGACCGUCCCGGACUAUCUCAAGCUCAGCGGUAUCGCGGUGCAACGAAAACUGAGUUUCAAAGGCAGGAGUCCUGGGUGGGCCACGGCAGUUUUUGAUGCUGCCGAGAAGCGAUAUGUCACCGAGUUCUGGGAGGCACUCCACGGAACACCAUUGCCUGUACGUAGCGAGGUACAGAUUUUGGACACAUUCGAGAUGCCGGUCGAGCCUGUCGGUAUGUGGGCCAACGUGUACUCCGCGUACGUCGGAAAAGUUAUUCAAUUCCCAUUGGCGUAUACAACAACGGAUCGAGAGUUCGCAAUGUCAAGCGGACGUCCAUGUUCUCUUUCUGCAAUUGAGUUGAGACACGUGCUUGCUGUGCCAGAGAAGGAGCCCAGUCCUCACGAGCUUGCAGAGGCCCUGUUCGCCCAGGCCCAAGAAUGCGACCGGAACACUCUUGAUCUUCAAAUGGCCAAGACCCGGGAUGACUACCUCAAAGAGUGUGGUCACUUGCACGGCAAGUAUGCACCAACCAAUACACAAAAGAAAAAGGGCAUUUUCUUCGAAUCUCCUCCUUUUACUCCAUGCGAGGACAACGGCGAGUUCAUCGUCCUGGUCAAAGGACAAGGAACAAAAGAAUCGUUUAUGGUAGAGUGGACCAAGGACUGGAACGCAAGUCUUCAAGAUGCUCCCAAGACGCACAACGUCAAUGGCUCGAAGUCAGGACAAGCUCGCACCGUGAAGGCACCAUCUUAUACCCCGUAUUCGAGAUCUUCAAGUGCAAAACGGACCGAGGAGAUGGACAAUCUCUCCAAUGUGGUUAAUGAGAACGAAGUCGACAGAGCUCGUAGACUUCAAGAGUUGCGUCAGAAGUUGGUUGCCAAGAGCGAGAAGGUGAUCGUUAAGAGAUCGAGUGCAAGUCCUUCUGGACAGUCUUCUACCGCGUCUAAAGAACCUCCCGCCGAUACACAGGCUAUGCAAGAAGUAGUAAGCGGCUCAGUCUCCACAGAGUCUCCAGACUCAUCGUCCCGGAAGCGCAAACAGUCGGGUGCCCUAAAACCGCCCAUAAAGCGGGUUAAGAUGAACGAUGAUGAAGCAUCUGGCGAGACCGAAGCGACUCACUUGAUCCACUUGACUCCUCAAAAAUGA